UUCGCUGGGAUUCUUCCCCGAGGUGAACCCAGGCUUCCAAACCGCAGGCUGUGGCCUGGCGCAAGUCCCGUGCUUCCUGAGCCUGGGGGGCGGGGGGCACCCCUAGCCCGGGGCCCGCGAUUGCAGAGCGCCCGGCACACGGGGAUCCGUGGGCAGGAGGUCCUCGAAGGGAGAGGCGCGUCUCCGCGGGGACUGACGGGGAUGCCUCCCGCAGCGGCCAGUGCCUCAGAAGCCGAGCACCGCCUGUUCCAGUACCUGUUCGAAGAUUACAACGAGAUCAUCCGGCCUGUGGCCAACGUGUCCCAUCCGGUCGUCAUCCAGUUCGAGGUGUCCAUGUCUCAGCUGGUGAAGGUGGAUGAAGUAAACCAGAUCAUGGAGACCAACCUGUGGAUAAAGCAAAUCUGGAAUGACUACAAGCUGAAAUGGAAACCCUCUGACUACCAAGGGGUGGAGUUCAUGCGCGUCCCUGCAGAGAAGAUCUGGAAGCCAGACAUCGUGCUCUACAACAACGCCGAUGGCGAUUUCCAGGUGGAUGACAAGACCAAAGCUCUACUCAAGUACACAGGAGAAGUGACUUGGAUUCCUCCAGCCAUCUUCAAGAGCUCGUGCAAAAUCGAUGUGACCUACUUCCCGUUUGACUACCAAAACUGCACCAUGAAGUUCGGCUCCUGGUCCUAUGACAAGGCGAAGAUCGACCUGGUCCUCAUUGGCUCCUCAAUGAACCUCAAGGACUACUGGGAAAGCGGCGAGUGGGCCAUCAUUAAGGCCCCGGGCUACAAACACGAGAUCAAGUACAACUGCUGCGAGGAGAUCUACCAGGACGUCACGUACUCGCUGUACAUCCGCCGCCUGCCGCUCUUCUACACCAUCAACCUCAUCAUCCCCUGCCUGCUCAUCUCCUUCCUCACCGUGCUCGUCUUCUACCUGCCCUCCGACUGCGGCGAGAAGGUGACGCUCUGCAUCUCCGUGCUCCUCUCCCUCACCGUCUUUCUCCUCGUCAUCACCGAGACCAUCCCUUCCACCUCGCUGGUCAUCCCGCUGAUCGGGGAGUACCUCCUCUUCACCAUGAUCUUCGUCACCUUGUCCAUCGUCGUCACCGUCUUCGUGCUCAACGUGCACUACAGAACUCCCACCACGCACACGAUGCCCGCUUGGGUCAAGGCUGUGUUCCUCAACCUGCUGCCCAGGGUCAUGUUCAUGACCAGGCCGACCGGCAGCGAGGGAGACGCUCUGAAGCCCAGGGCCUUCUACAGUGCAGAGCUCUCAAACCUGAACUGCUUCAGCCGGGCAGACUCCAAGAGCUGCAAGGAAGGCUACCCCUGCCAAGAUGGGGCGUGUGGCUACUGCCACCACCGGAGGGUGAAAAUCUCAAAUUUCAGUGCCAACCUCACAAGAAGCUCCAGUUCGGAGUCUCUCGAUGCUGUGUUGUCCCUCUCUGCUCUGUCACCAGAAAUCAAGGAAGCCAUCCAAAGUGUGAAGUAUAUUGCUGAAAACAUGAAAGCACAGAACAUGGCCAAAGAGAUUCAAGAUGACUGGAAGUAUGUUGCCAUGGUGAUUGACCGCAUCUUUCUCUGGGUUUUCAUCCUGGUGUGCAUUUUAGGAACGGCAGGAUUAUUUCUUCAACCUUUGAUGGCCAGAGAUGACACAUAAAUUGUGACCCAUGUUCACGGAGGCUCACCUGUGCUGAGGCGCAGGCAUAUUCUCAACAGCACCAUGCUUUAUCCAAUCACCAGCUCUGAGUUUGCUAUUUCAGCAGUUAUUUUCAACUCACCUUGACUUUUGGUUAAAAAAAAAAUGUGGAAGAAAAACAUCUAGUUAUUUAUUAUGCAUAAAUGAACAUUUAACUAGCCUUGUGGUUGAAGCUUCACUAGAGAGGAAAACUUUCUAUUCACAAAGAUUCCGUCCACUAGCUCAGUCGCUCUGUGGAUCUCCUCAUUGGUUUAGCCCACAACCUCCUUGAAAUUGUAGAGCAUCUCAGUCAUACCCCACCACCACUUCUUUCUCACCGUCUUUCCCAAGUCCAAGGGCUGCACUUGUGUCUCAGUACUUGUGUCAAGGCUACAUCCCUCAUUAUCAUACCCUGAGAAAUUACACCCGAUCUCACACUGUUAGUAAACUACCCUAGUCUGCUCAAGUGGCUAAUUUAGAAUAACAUCCCAUAGAUCCCUGCAAGACUUUAAUCCCAGCAGCAGGAAGCAGAGUCAGAGGCAGGCGGGAUCUCUGUGAAUUCGGGGCCAGUGUGGUCUAGAUAGUGAGUUCCCGACCAGCCAGGGCUACAUAUCUCAAAACAACAAAAAUCCCAAACUGGAAAACCUAUACACAAAGUUCUCAUAGUUUACAAGCCUGAGAAGCCUAGGAUCAAGGUGCCAGCAAGACUGUCUGGGGAGGAAUUUUCCACAUAAAACAUACCUUCCAGUGUAUCUUUAAGUGGCUGAAAGGGCUAGUCUUUCUGGAGUCUUUUACAAGAGCACCAAUUCCAUUCAUCAGGGUGUGACCUCAUGACCUAAUAACUUCCCAAACAGUAUUGCAUGGUAGCCUCACACAUGAGCUGUAGGGAGCCAUUCAGACCACAGGAUGAACCAUCAGAGUUGGGCUUCACCACCUUCACUCUAGGGUUUGGGCUCCAGAGUUGUGCUGGGAUGUGAGGUGUAGACUCAACAGCCCUGUGGUUUCUGCCCACUGGAUGCCAGUAGCCAGCCUGCUUGUCUUGGCUGUCAGGACACCCAGGAUGUAGAAGGACAUUGUCAAAAUUGGCUCUGCCUGAGAAGCUAUUUGAACAAAUUGGGUUUCCAUAUUACACUUCUGGAUCUGAACCAUUUAAGUAUUCUUGCUAGCUGGUGUAUGUGUGUGUGUAUUUUUCUCUAUAUGAAAAUAAAACCUGAA